UCAAUAAUUACGUUUGAAAAAAUGUAUCGUAAAUUAUUAAAAUUGAAGAUAGGGUCUUUGAAUAUUAGUAAAGUUAAUUGCUACAUAACAAAUGCAUCCCUUGUUCGAGAGGAAGAUUUCGGAAAUUUAAACUUGGAUGAAAGUGCUAUCAAGAAUAAUCAUGAUCUAUCUACAACAUUGGAUUCUAUUGAGGCUGAAAAAUUAUCAGAAACAAAUAAAAAAUUCUUCAAAAAAAAUAGUCCUUAUUGGUAUAUGUUUCAAAUUCGAAAAUUAAUUAACACAAAACAGCUAGAUAAAGCAUUAGAAAUGUUUGAGAUUACUAUGAUUAAGGAAGAUGGUUUGCCUCCAAUACAAAUGAUAAAAUAUCCAUUAACACAAAUUUUUCAGAUUUUAAUUAAUGGUUGUGGGCAUUCAGGUAAUUUGAACAAAGCCUUCCAAUUGUACAAAAAGAUGAAAGAAUAUGGACUUGAAGUUGAUACAUCUGUUUAUACAAGUUUAAUAAAUUCGUGUGCAGAAUGUCAUGAUAAAACUAUCGGUCUGCAAAAACUUCAAGAAAUAAGGGAGCAUUUGGAUCAAAAAGACAUUCCGCUCAAUCGCUUCCUCUAUAAUUCCAUGAUAAAAGCGUAUGGUAGGUGCGGAGAUGUGGUGCAAGCGUUCGCUUUGGUAGAUUCGAUGAAGGACGAUCCAUCCACGAAGGUCGGCAGGGACACCUUUGUACAAUUGUUACAGGCAUGUUUGGAGGAUAAAUCUAACGGGUUUUUCCUGGCUUUGAAAGUAUGGAAACAAAUGAAGAUUUACAAUUUUAUGCCCAAUACGCUUCAUUACAACACCCUGCUUAGAUGCUUAAGAGAUUGCGACGUAGAACUGCCCGAACGCGUUCACAAGAAGGGCCAUCAUAGCGUGACCUGGAACGCGGAACUUUUGACGCAAAAUAUGCUACGAGAAUCGCGGCUCUUGAAAUAUAUCUUGGAUACAAGGAAGCCAGCCAGCGAGAAAUCGUCUUUGUCCAACGGCUCUAGUGAUAACGACCUCGCUCAUCAAGCCGAACCAGGUGAUUUUACUGGCGUAAUUGGAGAUAUUCCUGGAGUUCCCGUCGGAAAUCGCGGAGAGACCCGCAUAGAUCACACGGAAUCAUCAAUUUUGCCGGAAGAACCUGGAGAGUUAAUUGCCCAAAAUGAAUCGUUGAGUGAAUUAAUACCCUCCGAGACGCAUGUUUAUGGCGGAAAAAUCGGAAAUCUGGGAAAUGAAGGUAUUUAUUCAUCUAAUCACCAUCCUAAUGAUUCGCCCAAUAUUCCUGCAUUAUUUAUUGAUGACGCUUAUUUAGUCCAUGCUGAUUCAACUUCCUUGACAUGCCUGUUAGACAGUUCAGACCUCGAAACAGAUGUUAGAAACCAUUUUGACUCUUUCUCGAAAAAACAACCCCCCAAAGUUGUUUGGCAGGGUGAUACUGACACGCAGGGCUUGAGCAAUAUCGAAAAGGAUAGGUGGUCCAAGAUGAUUAUGUUAGGUGGAUUAACGGGACUGUUGGCCAAAAUGAACCAAGAUCUAGCUUUCCCGGACAUAAAAACUCUCUCCUUAUUGGCCGAAAUCUUACCCACCAAUCAAAUUUAUACGCGUGCUUUACUUAACAUUCAUCCAUUCUUUUCUUCUCGUCCCUCGAAUCUCGAUACCCUUAACAACAAAAUAGCAGCCAAGCACGUCAAUCCCAAAUAUGCUGAAUAUUUGGGUAUCCAUCAGCCUCAAAGUCGUUCCUAUGGCCGGAUCGCUUUAGACUCCGAUUUCUUCAAGUGCCUUCUCAAAGGGUACUGCCUUCAAUACUCUCGCCAAUACAAACCCAAGAAUUUGGAAAAUGAAGCGGAUUCAAACGAUGAACCGGAAAUGGGAGCACUAUCCAAUGAGUGUCCCGAGAAAAUGAUCCAAUAUCUGAUUGAAAAUAUGGCGGCUCUGGGACUGAGCCCAGACAUAUCUCACUUCGGGGUGCUCGCGAUGGCGUGUAAAGACCUGUAUUCGGCUCAGAACUUGCUAUCCGAUUUGCUAGAAUUGAAACUGACCCCCAAUUUAAUCAUCGUGACGUCAUUGAUGAGUAACGCCUGCCGAUCCUUCGAUUUAUCCUACAUGUUUCUCUGCCUGGAAACGUGUCAAAAAUUCGAUAUAGUUCCCGAUAGACAGCUAUCGAAUUUGAUUCACUCUACUUGUAAGAGGAUCGACAAGGCUUAUAUCAGAAAAGAAUACAGCAAUAAAUUCCCUUCAAAAUCCGCGUCUACCUUAUACGACUUCAUCGACGAUAUGUGCUACGACAAAUUAUUUAAACGCGCCAAAACGGCUUCCAAAACCGAAGAUUCUUAUCCUAAAUUCCGCGAAAAUUUUCGGGGCUGGAUUAAAAACCCGCGAAACAUUUAAUAAAUAAAUAAAAAAUAUAUUUAUUAUUAACAAUACGGUGUUUUUUAAAAAAAAUCUAUAUUUGGUUUUGUAGAAAGUGGAAAAUUCUCCCCUUCCUUGUUAGAAGCAUCUGAUCACCCUUUUGAUCCCUGGGCACCUAACCCUAGGAAGUAUUUGUUAAAAAUACUUGUUAGAAACAUCUGAUGACCUUUUGAUCCCCAAGAACCUAACCCUAGGAAGUGUACAUUUGAAAAUAAAUAAUCGGCAACUAUUUCUAAUCCUAUUUUCUUUAUUCAACUGAUUAAUUAUAUAAAAUUAUAUUAAAAAAAUAUUAAAAUUAAGUUCCUUUGCAAGAUUGGUAAAAUUUUAUUUUUGAAGAGAUUAUUUAUCAGAAUUAUAUCUUGCAUGAAAUAAAGAUACUCUGACAAU